GUCAGUUGGCCCCCAACAUCGGCCACAUUUGGAGCUCGCAGGAAGGUCGAGCAACAUGCCAAGUAUCGUGUCGGCUAAGUUUGCCUUGGACAUGGAUGAAGUCCAUCGUGAAUCGGCGCAGGCAGGAGCGACGGCGUCGCCGUUGAGCUGCAGUCCGAACAAAAUCCGCAUGCGGAUCGAUGCAGCCAAGGAACAGGCCAAAGUGGUCAACUCAGUGUACAAGGAAGGCGAAGUCAUUCACUGGAUGAGCGUACGCAGUCCAGAUCUUGUCGAGUUCGGUCGGUCACUGGAGAAGCGCGGGUACAAUACACUUGGCAGCAUUGCCUUCUUGACCGAAGACGAGUUUGACGCGUCACUGUCUCCUUCACUCAAGCAUACCCUCUUGACCGCCCUCGCGCAACUGCGACACGACCUCUAUCGAAUGUAGCGGCGACGACACACUCUCUUCUCCUGAAUAGAGCCGUAUUUAUGGCGAGUUCUCAUGGACUUCGCGUCACCUGCGUUGCCACGUCAACCACGUCCCUCCUUCCGCGCUGCUGUCGUGGCGGUGGCGCCGAUCGAGUGCGCGCGCAAUUCCAACUUACACUUAAUUACUGUAAGACUACGGAAUUCCAUAAGUUCUUAAAUAGUGUGAUUCUUAAUUCACU